AUGGGAACGUUCGCACUGUUCAAGACUCUGGCCCUUGCCUUUCUAUCCUUCACCUCGGGCUUGAGGUCUGCGGAAUGCGUGAAGUACGGCAAUUGGAAGCUGGUACCCACUUGGGCUUGCCGCCUGCACGGGCAGAGCGCUCGAUGGCACGGCGGACAAGAGGAAGCAGUGAGCAGUGAGCAGUGA